AUGGCGACAUCAACCACCACAGUCACACGAAAUGAGAAUAGUGCUCUGCCAUCGAGCUGGUAUCGGUCCCCCGAUCUAUACAAGCUCGAAAAACGAGCAAUAUUUUCCAAAUCUUGGAUGUUUGUAGCGCACAAAAACCGCUUUAAUAAACCCGGUGACUAUGUGCGCUAUGAUAUCGCUGGUCUACCAUUUUUUCUUAUAAUGGACCGUGAAAGGAAUAUCCGGGGCUUUCAUAAUGUCUGUCGACAUCGUGCAUAUCCUGUUAUUAGACCAGAGGCCGAUGAAGCAGGGACGAAAAGCAUCCUCGCAUGCUAUUAUCAUGGUUGGUCCUACGGUCUGAAUGGCAAGCUUGCAAAAGCGCCACAAUUCCAGGACGUGGAGAAUUUCCGUAAGGAGGAAAACGGUCUUUUCCCAAUCCAUGUGAGAACAGAUGCACGAGGCUUUAUCUGGGUGAACCUGGAAGCCUCUGAAACACCAAGUCAAUCUUGGGAGUCAAUCCUCGAGGGAAGUGAUACCCGGUCACGGUUGGCGGAAUUCAAGAUGGAUGAUUAUAUAUACGAUCAUUCCUGGUCGAUUAAAGGAGCAUAUAACUGGAAAGCGAGCCUCGACAACUACAACGAGUGUUACCAUUGUCCGACAACCCAUCCACUGUUUGUUGAGAACUGCGACCUUAGCAAAUACUAUGUUGAAACGGAUAAAGCCGAAAUUCUACACUUUGUAAAGGACAAGCCUGGGAAAAGCACCAAUUCUUAUGCACCCAGUAGCUUUUUCCCCAAUGCGGCUGUCAGCAUCACAGCUCACUAUUGGUACCACAUGAGCGUAUGUCCCACGGGUCCCACUACGUCGGUAAUGAAGUACGACGUAUACCGACACAAGGCUGCGACACAAGAGCAGUUUGAAGCAAUGGAUAAAUUCUUCAAACAAGUCGAGGAUGAGGACAAGGAGCUAUGCGUUGGCGCUCAAAUUAAUCUGAACAACGGUGUAUAUAACGCCGGGGAGCUCCAACCUGUUGCAGAGAAGGGUGUGCUACACUUCCAGAAACUUGUUAGAGAAGCCGUCGUUGAGCACCAUCAAAAUGAACAAGAGGCAAAGAAGGAACUAUGGCCGGCAAGGGUGAGAACUGAGAACAGCAACUCUGAUGUUAGAUUUUGUAACCGUCUAGCAGCCUGCUCUUCCUCCGUCGACAAAGUGGCAGAGUGGUGA